UUGGUGGAGAGUUUGACUUGGAGAUGAACUUUAUUAUCCAGGAUGCUGAGAGUAUAACAUGUAUGACAGAGCUUUUGGAACACUGUGAUGUAACAUGUCAAGCAGAAAUAUGGAGCAUGUUUACAGCCAUCCUGCGGAAAAGUGUUCGGAAUUUACAGACCAGCACAGAAGUUGGGCUGAUUGAACAAGUAUUGCUGAAAAUGAGUGUUGUAGAUGACAUGAUAGCAGAUCUUCUAGUUGAUAUGUUGGGGGUUCUUGCCAGCUACAGCAUCACUGUCAAGGAGUUGAAGCUCUUGUUCAGCAUGCUUCGAGGAGAAAGUGGAAUCUGGCCAAGACAUGCAGUAAAAUUAUUAUCAGUUCUUAAUCAGAUGCCACAAAGACACGGUCCUGAUACUUUUUUCAAUUUCCCUGGUUGUAGUGCUGCGGCAAUUGCAUUGCCUCCUAUUGCAAAGUGGCCUUAUCAGAAUGGCUUCACUCUAAACACUUGGUUUCGUAUGGAUCCAUUAAAUAACAUUAAUGUUGAUAAGGAUAAACCUUAUCUAUACUGUUUUCUUUACAGUUUUCGUACAAGCAAAGGAGUUGGUUACUCUGCUCAUUUUGUUGGUAACUGUUUAAUAGUCACAUCACUCAAGUCCAAAGGAAAAGGUUUUCAGCACUGUGUGAAAUAUGAUUUUCAACCACGCAAGUGGUACAUGAUCAGCAUUGUUCACAUUUAUAAUCGAUGGCGGAACAGUGAGAUUCGGUGCUAUGUCAACGGACAGCUGGUCUCCUAUGGGGAUAUGGCGUGGCAUGUUAACACAAAUGAUAGCUAUGACAAGUGCUUUCUGGGAUCUUCAGAGACUGCUGAUGCCAACAGGGUGUUCUGUGGUCAGCUUGGUGCCGUGUAUGUGUUCAGUGAAGCACUCAACCCAGCACAGAUAUUUGCCGUUCAUCAGUUAGGACCUGGAUAUAAGAGCACCUUCAAGUUUAAAUCUGAGAGCGAUAUUCAUCUGGCAGAACAUCAUAAACAGGUUCUAUAUGAUGGGAAACUUGCAAGUAGCAUUGCGUUUACCUAUAACGCUAAGGCGACUGACGCUCAGCUUUGUCUGGAAUCAUCACCAAAGGAAAACGCAUCUAUUUUUGUGCACUCCCCACAUGCCCUAAUGCUCCAGGAUGUGAAAGCUAUAGUAACACAUUCAAUUCAUAGUGCAAUUCAUUCAAUUGGAGGGAUUCAAGUGCUUUUUCCACUUUUUGCCCAAUUGGACAAUCGGCAGCUCAAUGACAGUCAAGUGGAAACAACCGUCUGUGCUACUCUUUUGGCAUUCCUGGUUGAACUACUUAAAAGUUCAGUAGCCAUGCAAGAACAGAUGCUGGGUGGAAAAGGCUUUUUAGUCAUUGGCUACUUACUUGAAAAGUCAUCAAGAGUUCAUAUAACUAGAGCUGUCCUGGAGCAAUUUUUAUCCUUUGCAAAAUACCUUGAUGGUUUAUCUCAUGGAGCGCCUUUGUUGAAACAACUUUGUGAUCAUAUUUUAUUUAACCCAGCUAUCUGGAUACACACACCUGCAAAGGUUCAACUUUCCCUCUACACGUACUUGUCUGCUGAAUUUAUUGGAACUGCUACCAUCUACAGCACGAUUCGCAGAGUGGGAACAGUGUUACAGCUGAUGCACACGUUAAAAUAUUACUACUGGGUCAUUAAUCCUGCUGACAGUAGUGGCAUCACCCCUAAAGGGUUAGAUGGUCCCCGGCCGUCACAAAAAGAAAUUAUAUCACUACGGGCAUUUAUGCUACUUUUUCUGAAACAGCUCAUAUUAAAGGAUCGAGGGGUCAAGGAAGAUGAACUUCAGAGUAUAUUAAAUUACCUACUCACAAUGCAUGAGGAUGAAAAUAUUCAUGAUGUCUUACAGUUACUAGUGGCUUUAAUGUCAGAACACCCAGCCUCAAUGAUACCAGCUUUUGAUCAAAGAAAUGGAAUAAGAGUUAUCUACAAAUUAUUGGCUUCUAAAAGUGAAAGUAUUUGGGUUCAAGCUCUGAAGGUUCUGGGAUACUUUCUGAAGCAUUUAGGUCACAAGAGAAAAGUUGAAAUCAUGCACACGCAUAGUCUCUUCACCCUUCUUGGAGAAAGGCUGAUGUUGCAUACCAACACUGUGACCGUCACCACAUACAACACGCUCUAUGAGAUCUUGACAGAGCAAGUAUGCACUCAAGUUGUACACAAGCCACACCCAGAGCCAGAUUCUACAGUGAAGAUUCAGAACCCAAUGAUUCUGAAGGUGGUGGCAAGUUUACUGAAAAACUCUACCCCAAGUGCAGACCUGAUGGAAGUUCGCCGUCUGUUCUUAUCGGACAUGAUAAAACUUUUCAGUAACAGCCGUGAAAAUCGAAGAUGCUUAUUGCAGUGUUCCGUGUGGCAGGACUGGAUGUUUUCUCUUGGCUAUAUCAAUCCCAAAAAUUCCGAGGAACAGAAGGUCACCGAGAUGGUCUACAACAUCUUCCGGAUUCUUCUGUAUCACGCAAUCAAAUACGAAUGGGGAGGCUGGAGAGUCUGGGUGGACACGCUCUCCAUAGCCCACUCCAAGGUCACCUAUGAAGCCCAUAAGGAAUACCUAGCCAAAAUGUACGAGGAGUAUCAAAGACAAGAGGAGGAAAACAUUAAAAAGGGAAAGAAAGGGAGCGUGAGCACCAUAUCCGGUCUCUCGUCGCAGACAGCAGGAGCCAAGGGUGGAAUGGAGAUUCGAGAGAUAGAAGAUCUUUCGCAAAGCCAGAGCCCAGAAAGCGAGACGGAUUACCCUGUCAGCACAGAUACGAGAGACUUACUCAUGUCAACAAAAGUGCCAGAUGAUAUUCUCGGACAUUCAGACAGACCCGGAAGUAGUGUCCAUGUGGAAGUGCAUGAUCUUUUAGUUGAUAUAAAAGCAGAAAAAGUGGAAGCAACAGAAGUAAAGCUUGAUGAUAUGGAUUUCUCUCCAGAGACUGCGGCAGGUGGAGAGAAUGGUGCCCUUGUGGAGGUGGGCUCUUUGCUGGAUAACGUAUAUAGUGCGGCUGUGGAGAAACUCCAGAACAACGUCCACGGCAGCGUCGGUGUCAUGAAAAAAGCUGAAGAGAAGGAUCAUGGUCCGCUGAUCACAUUAGCAGAUGAGAAGGAUGAACUUGCUCACAGUAGCACCUCAUUUCUCUUUGAUAAAAUACCCAAACAGGAGGAGAAGCUCCUUCCGGAACUUUCUAGCAAUCACAUGAUCUCAAAUAUCCAAGACACGCAAGUCCAUCUGGGUGUUGGUGAUGAUCUUGGACUGCUUGCUCACGUGACUGCUAGUGUAGACUUAACUUGUACAUCAGGUAUAAUAGAGGAAAAGGAGUUCAGAAUCCACACAACUUCAGAUGGAAUGAGCGGCGUUUCUGAAAGAGACAUAACGUCAUCGUCUAAGGGGUUAGAAGAUGCUGAAAUGACUGUCACUCUGGAAACUGAGCCUUCUGGUGGCAAAACUGUACCAAAUAUUGAUGCUGGGAGUAUAAUCUCAGAUACCGAGAGAUCUGACGACAGCAAAGAAUCCGGAAAGGAAGUCCGAAAGAUCCAGACAACCGCUACAACCCAGGCUGUUCAGGGUCGAUCUGUCACCCAACAGGACCGAGACCUCAGAGUUGACUUGGGAUUCCGAGGGAUGCCGAUGACGGAGGAACAGCGGCGCCAGUUCAGCCCCGGUCCCCGCACGACCAUGUUUCGGAUUCCGGAGUUCAAAUGGUCCCCAAUGCACCAGCGGCUUCUCACCGACCUGCUGUUUGCGUUAGAAACAGACGUACAUGUUUGGAGGAGCCAUUCCACAAAGUCAGUAAUGGAUUUUGUCAAUAGCAAUGAAAAUAUUAUUUUUGUACAUAACACAAUUCACCUCAUUUCGCAAAUGGUAGACAACAUCAUCAUUGCUUGUGGAGGGAUUUUGCCUUUGCUCUCGGCCGCUACAUCACCAACUACUGAAUUGGAAAAUAUUGAAGUGACACAAGGCAUGUCAGCUGAGACAGCAGUCACUUUCCUCAGCCGACUGAUGGCUAUGGUUGAUGUACUCGUGUUUGCCAGCUCUCUAAAUUUUAGCGAGAUUGAAGCUGAAAAAAACAUGUCUUCUGGAGGUUUAAUGCGGCAGUGCCUACGACUAGUUUGUUGUGUUGCUGUGAGAAACUGCUUAGAAUGCCGACAGAGACAGAGAGACAGGGGGAGCAGAUCUUCCCACGGGGGCAGCAAGCCUCCAGAAGCUCCCCAAAGUGUGGCUGCCACGGGCGUUUCCAAGACUCCAUUAGAAAGUGUCCCAGGUAACCUUUCUCCUAUUAAAGACCCGGAUAGACUCCUUCAGGAUGUGGACAUCAAUCGCCUCCGUGCCGUUGUCUUCCGGGAUGUGGAUGAUAGCAAGCAGGCACAGUUCCUCGCUCUGGCUGUUGUUUACUUCAUUUCGGUUCUCAUGGUUUCCAAGUAUCGGGACAUAUUAGAACCCCAGCGAGAGACUGCGAGAGCUGGAAGCCAACCAGGUAGAAACAUCAGACAAGAAAUCAAUUCGCCAACAAGUACAGUUGUGGUCAUACCCUCUAUCCCUCAUCCAAGUCUGAACCAUGGAUUCCUUGCCAAGUUAAUUCCUGAGCAGAGCUUUGCCCACUCAUUUUACAAAGAAACACCUGCUGCAUUUCCAGACACGGUAAAGGAAAAAGACACACCCACUCCUGGCGAGGACGUUCAGAUAGAAAGUUCCAUUCCUCAUACAGAUUCAGGAAUUGGAGAGGAGCAAGUAGCCAGCCUUCUGAAUGGGGCAGAAAUAGAGACCAGCGCAGGCCCUGAUGCCAUGAGUGAACUGCUGUCCACUUUGUCCUCUGAAGUGAAAAAAUCACAGGAGAGCUUAACUGAGAACCCCAGUGAGAUGAUGAAGCCGGCACCAUCCAUCUCUAGCAUCAGUCAAAGCAAAGGCAUCAAUGUCAAGGAGAUACUGAAAAGCCUUGUGGCUGCCCCCGUUGAAAUUGCCGAAUGUGGCCCUGAGCCCAUCCCGUACCCAGAUCCAUCACUGAAGAGAGAAGCGCAGGCCAUUCUCCCUAUGCAGUUCCACUCCUUUGACAGGAGUGUGGUGGUGCCUGUGAAGAAGCCCCCUCCUGGGAGUCUAGCGGUGAACACCGUAGGAACCACCCCUGCUGGAGGCGGCCUGUCCACAGGCAGUACCUCUAACAUAUUCGCUGCCACUGGAGCUACACCAAAAAGUAUGAUUAAUACAACAGGUGCUGUGGAUUCAGGGUCCUCCUCCUCUUCCUCCUCUUCUAGUUUUGUGAACGGCGCCACCAGCAAAAACCUCCCAGCUGUGCAGACCGUCGCCCCCAUGCCGGAAGAUUCAGCUGAGAACACGAGCAUCACUGCAAAACUUGAAAGAGCUUUAGAAAAAGUUGCUCCUCUUCUUCGUGAAAUCUUUGUAGACUUUGCCCCAUUCCUGUCCCGCACACUGCUGGGCAGCCAUGGACAGGAGCUGUUGAUAGAAGGCCUUGUGUGCAUGAAGUCCAGCACGUCUGUGGUCGAGCUGGUCAUGCUGCUUUGUUCUCAGGAAUGGCAGAACUCUAUUCAGAAGAACGCAGGACUCGCGUUUAUCGAGCUCAUCAAUGAAGGAAGGUUACUAUGCCAUGCUAUGAAGGACCACAUAGUUCGGGUUGCAAAUGAAGCGGAGUUUAUUCUGAACAGACAGAGAGCUGAGGACGUCCAUAAACAUGCAGAGUUUGAGUACCCCCUGAUGGUAACAUCUCACAAAACGGCCGUGCAAGGUCACAACCAGGAUGUGGACGUGAGACACCAAUUGCAUGAUUUCUGGCGUCUGGAUUACUGGGAAGACGACCUGCGUCGGAGAAGACGAUUCGUUCGUAAUGCGUUUGGCUCCACACACGCUGAAGCGCUGCUCAAAGCUGCAAUCGAAUACGAUCGACCGCCUGCCCUUUGGAAAGGGAAGCCUUGCGGGGCUGCGGUGGACUCGAUCCGCGCGGCUCCGGGCCGCGGGGCCUGGCCGGGCGCCCCUCGGGGGACAGAGAGCCCUGGGGUCCGGGACAAGGCUUUAGUACGCGCUGUGCGGCCUGGAGAGCUGACACUGACACAGCUCGCUUCCCGUCCACCUCCUCUGAGCGCGGCGGAAGCCGGCGGAUCCCAUCUCGGCCCAGCCUUGAGCAGGGCGGCCGCAGACUUGGGGUGCAUGGCACCCCGCAAACGCCCCCCUGCGCUGGCCAGUCUGCUCCUAGCUGGGGACGGCGCCCGCGGGGGACCUGACUUCACUACCCCUCCAACAGUUACUGUGAUUCAUUUUACUAUAUGGAUCGGGGCGGGGGGUGGCAGGGAAUCCAAUGCGCCCUGGCUACGGAAAGAUGGAUACUGGAUACGUGGGCGCUCCUUUCCACGCCCAAGACCGCGAGAGCUGCCUCUGCUUUCUUCAGGGACCUUCACCCGGCGUGGUACCCAGGGUCUGGGGGGAGCGGGAGAGGCCCGCCGGGCCCAGCCUGACGCCUGCCCUUGUCUUGCAGGCCCCGUGGUUCUCAGCACCCCUGCCCAGCUCAUCGCUCCCCUGGUGGUGGCCAAGGGAACGCUCUCCAUCACCACGACAGAAAUCUACUUCGAGGUAGAUGAGGAUGAUCCUGCCUUCAAGAAGAUCGACGCGAAGGUUCUUGCAUACACCGAGGGACUUCAUGGAAAAUGGAUGUUCAGCGAAAUACGAGCUGUAUUUUCCCGACGUUAUCUUCUACAAAACACUGCUUUGGAAGUAUUUAUGGCAAACCGAACCUCCGUUAUGUUUAAUUUCCCUGAUCAAGCAACAGUAAAGAAAGUUGUGUACAGCUUGCCUCGGGUUGGAGUCGGGACCAGCUAUGGUUUGCCACAAGCCAGGAGGAUAUCGUUGGCCACUCCCCGACAGCUCUAUAAAUCUUCCAACAUGACUCAGCGUUGGCAAAGAAGGGAAAUUUCCAACUUUGAAUAUCUGAUGUUUCUCAAUACCAUAGCAGGACGGACGUAUAAUGAUCUGAACCAGUAUCCCGUAUUUCCAUGGGUAUUAACAAACUAUGAAUCAGAAGAAUUGGAUCUGACUCUUCCAGGAAACUUCAGGGAUCUGUCAAAGCCGAUUGGUGCUUUGAACCCCAAGAGGGCUGUGUUUUACGCAGAGCGGUACGAGACGUGGGACGAUGAUCAAAACCCCCCCUCCCACUACAACACUCAUUACUCAACAGCCGCAUCUACCUUGUGCUGGCUCGUGCGGAUUGAACCAUUCACGACCUUCUUCCUGAAUGCAAAUGAUGGGAAAUUCGACCAUCCAGAUCGAACCUUCUCGUCAGUUGCAAGAUCUUGGAGAACUAGUCAGAGGGAUACUUCUGACGUAAAGGAACUAAUUCCAGAGUUCUACUACCUCCCUGAGAUGUUUGUCAACAGUAAUGGAUACAAUCUUGGAGUCAGAGAAGAUGAAGUGGUGGUAAAUGAUGUUGAUCUCCCGCCUUGGGCCAAACAACCUGAAGACUUCGUGCGGAUUAACAGGAUGGCCCUGGAAAGUGAGUUUGUGUCCUGCCAACUCCACCAGUGGAUUGACCUCAUAUUUGGCUACAAGCAGCGAGGGCCGGAAGCGGUCCGUGCUCUGAACGUUUUCCACUACUUAACGUACGAAGGCUCUGUGAACCUGGAUAGCAUCACUGAUCCUGUGCUCAGGGAGGCCAUGGAGGCACAGAUCCAGAACUUUGGACAGACACCAUCUCAGCUGCUUAUCGAGCCACAUCCGCCUCGGAGCUCCGCCAUGCACCUGUGUUUCCUUCCACAGAGCCCACUCAUGUUCAAAGACCAGAUGCAGCAGGAUGUGAUAAUGGUGCUGAAGUUCCCCUCCAACUCUCCCGUGACCCACGUGGCAGCCAACACGCUCCCCCACCUCACCAUCCCCGCGGUGGUGACGGUGACCUGCAGCAGGCUGUUUGCAGUCAACAGAUGGCACAACACAGUGGGCCUCAGAGGAGCCCCAGGAUACUCCUUGGAUCAAGCCCAUCACCUGCCCAUUGAAAUGGACCCAUUAAUAGCCAAUAACUCUGGUGUGAACAAGCGGCAGAUCACAGACCUGGUUGAUCAGAGCAUACAAAUCAACGCGCACUGUUUUGUGGUUACAGCAGAUAAUCGCUAUGUUCUUAUAUGUGGAUUCUGGGACAAGAGCUUCAGAGUUUAUUCUACAGAGACAGGGAAAUUAACCCAGAUUGUCUUUGGCCACUGGGAUGUGGUCACGUGCUUGGCCAGGUCUGAGUCCUACAUCGGUGGGGACUGCUACAUCGUGUCCGGGUCUCGAGACGCCACCCUGCUUCUCUGGUACUGGAGUGGGCGCCAUCACAUCAUUGGAGACAACCCCAACAGCAGUGACUACCCUGCGCCAAGAGCAGUCCUCACGGGUCAUGACCACGAAGUUGUCUGUGUUUCUGUCUGUGCAGAACUGGGACUCGUCAUCAGUGGUGCUAAAGAAGGCCCCUGCCUUGUCCACACCAUCACUGGAGACUUGCUGAGAGCGCUUGAAGGACCGGAAAACUGCUUGUUCCCACGUCUGAUCUCUGUCUCCAGUGAAGGCCACUGUAUCAUAUACUACGAGCGAGGCCGCUUCAAUAACUUCAGCAUUAACGGGAAGCUUCUGGCUCAAAUGGAGAUCAGUGAUUCCACACGGGCCAUCCUCUUGAGCAGCGACGGGCAGAACCUGGUGACGGGCGGGGACAAUGGCGUGGUGGAGGUCUGGCAGGCCUGUGACUUCAAGCAGCUGUACAUCUACCCCGGAUGUGACGCUGGCAUCAGAGCCAUGGACUUGUCCCACGACCAGAGGACGCUGAUCACCGGCAUGGCGUCUGGCAGCAUUGUAGCUUUUAAUAUAGAUUUUAACCGGUGGCAUUAUGAGCAUCAGAACAGAUACUGA